UUGGAGUGGCCUCUGGCUGUGAUCUGAAGUACUGAAUUACUGCGCGGCCAUUUUUGGGUUAAGAAAUUUGCAGCUCACUUGUGUCAGCAAACACUGGAGCUGAAACGACGCGAUAACACAACCAACAUGCGUCUUUACCAAACUACGCGCUUAAAACACAUCUACACUGGAAAUGUAACGGUGUCUAGAGUUAGAGAAAGUAACAAGACAGUGAGUGCUGUAGGUUCAAGUGGUUUGUUGGGUCUCAGGUUUUCAUGCACAGGUGUGUUUGGACCGUGUUACCUGCAAAAGGUAAAGACAAAUAUCUGGCAUGGGUGUAAAACGCCAAACAUAACUUUUAACACAUACAGGAACCAUUUUAUUCGUGCAUUUUCAUCAAAAUACACAUAUGAAGACGCGUUUGGCCUGGCACGUGACAAACCCGAGAAGUUCUGGAGUGAAGCGGCAGAAGGUAUCACUUGGUUUGAACAGUGGACUCAAACUCUGGAUGAUAAGGAUACAUUGUUUCCAAAAUGGUUUGUUGGAGGAAAGCUGAACAUGUGUUAUAAUGCUGUCGAUCGGCAUGUGGAGAAUGGAAGAGGUGAUCAAGCAGCUGUCAUUUAUGACAGUCCGGUUACCGGCACUAAACAGGUCAUCACAUACAGAGAAGUGCAGGAGCAGGUGUCCAGGUUGGCGGGUGUCCUGGUGAGGCACGGUGUGAAGACGGGUGACCUGGUGGUGAUCUAUAUGCCCAUGGUUCCUCAGGCCAUGUUCACCAUGCUGGCAUGUGCCCGUAUUGGUGCCACACACAGCCUCAUAUUUGGAGGAUUCGCCUCCAAAGAGCUCUCCGUCCGCAUUGACCAUGCUAAGCCCAAGUUGCUGGUGACAGCAUCAUUUGGCAUUGAGCCGGGCAGAAGAGUGGAGUACAUUCCUCUGGUAGAGAAAGCUCUGGAGCUCAGCAGUCACAAACCACACAACGUCCUCAUCUACAACCGUCCCAGCAUGGAAAAGGUGUCUAUGCGUCCUGACCUGAGCUUGGACUGGGAGGAGGAAAUGGCCACUGCCCCCCCUCAUGACUGUGUGUCUGUCCCCGCUCAUCAUCCUCUGUACGUCCUGUACACCUCCGGCACUACUGGUACUCCUAAGGGUGUAGUCAGAGAUACAGGAGGAUAUGCCGUGAUGUUAAACUGGACUAUGUCUAAUGUAUAUGGACUAGCUCCUGGUGAGGUCUGGUGGGCCGCGUCUGACCUUGGCUGGGUGGUAGGCCACUCAUAUAUCUGCUACGGUCCACUUCUACAUGGCAACACCACUGUGCUCUACGAGGGCAAACCUGUGGGGACUCCGGACCCCGGGGCCUUUUUCCGUGUGAUGUCUGAGCAUGGGACGGCCUCCAUGUUUACCGCUCCCACUGCUAUCAGAGCCAUUCGCCAACAAGACCCUCAGGCAGAACACGGGAAACAGUACCCACUCAGCAGGCUAAGGAACUUGUUUGUAGCUGGGGAACGCUGUGAUAUAGAGACCCUCGAAUGGGCCAAGAGAAGUUUUGGAGUCCCAGUGCUGGAUCACUGGUGGCAAACUGAAAGUGGCUCUUCCAUCACUGCGUCCUGCAUCGGUCUGGGCUGCUCACGCUCUCCCCCCGCUGGUACAGCCGGUAAAGCCGUGCCUGGAUACAACGUGACAGUGAUUGAUGAUGAAAUGCAACCGGUGAAACCAAGGACUCUGGGAAAUAUUGUGGUAAAGCUUCCUCUGCCUCCUGGGGCGGCUCUCAGUCUCUGGCAGAAUCGGACGCUGUUUAAGGAGCUGUACUUCACCAAGUUCCCUGGUUACUAUGACACCAUGGACGCAGGUUUUGUGGACGAGGAAGGCUUCUUGUACAUCAUGUCUCGGUCUGAUGACGUCAUCAACGUGGCGGGUCACAGGCUGUCCACCGGUGCCCUCGAAGAGUCUGUCCUGCUUCACCCUGCUGUGGUGGACUGUGCUGUGGUGGGGCUGGAGGACCCCCUGAAGGGACACAUUCCACUGGCUUUGUGUGUGCUCCGAAAUGACUGUCAAAAGAGAGAGGAUGUGCUGGUAAACGAGAUGGUGAAAGUGGUGCGGGACACCAUCGGGCCGGUGGCGGCUUUCAAGAAGAUUGUCUUUGUCAAAGCUCUUCCCAAAACCCGCUCAGGAAAAAUUCCACGAUCGUCUCUCGCUAACCUGGUGAACCACAAGCCUUAUAAGAUCAGUCCCACCAUAGAGGACCCUGGGGUCUUUAAGGACAUUGAGAAGGUGCUUAGAAAAACUGUGAAAGAACCUGGUAAAUAAUUUACAACCAGAUGUGCCUAUGUGCAAGCGCACACACUCACUCUCUGUUCACUCCAACAUGCAAGAUUCUGUGAAGAUAUGCCAUAGAGAAAUAUGGUUCCUAUUAGAAUGUACCCCUGAUUAGAACACAAUAUUUUUUUAUUAGUAAUGUAAUGUGUACAAACAUGAUAAUUUGCACUUAUGUUUUUGUAUAACUUGGACCAAAUAUGAGCAGUAGUCAACUUGGAUGAUUUUGAAUAGGUGAAUGUUAAAAAAAUAUGUCUGGUUCAUAUUAAUUUCACCCCCAAGAUCAAAAAGGAAAGGAAAAUAAAAUGAAGGCUGUUUUUA